UUGAGUUCCUCGAUCCUCUCGAUUCACCGUUACUUCGUUUUUUAUGACUUUUGCUAUCGUGAUCGAUCGCGAUUCUUGUGACGUUCGCUGGCGCAGUUUGUUCGUCAUUCGCCGCGGUGCAAGUGGAUGAAACGCAGUCGUUAAUUGUUGCAAUCGUCAUCGCGCAAAGUGCCCCGGCGUUUGACCUCUGGUGAAGUGAAUCCGAUUAACAAAUAAACUGGUUUUCGGGCUAAUCGGUCUCGGGAGUGUCACAAAAUGGCAUCGUCUGGAGCUGCUGGUGAUAAGGAUCCGACGGCGGUCGAAAUCAACAUCGAAACUAUCGGCUCCGAGGUACCCGAUGCUGGCCGGACCACUGUGCAGGACAGUGGUCGUGGUCGUCGUCUAAACCCGGCAGCAAAUGGGGCCACCAACAGUACCGACAACACAGGCCGCCGCAGUCGGUCCAAUAGUCGAUCGCCGGGUCGGCGGGCGAAGCGAGACACGGAAAUGUCCCGCACCGAUGCUAUCCCGCUGCUGCCGGUGCCCAACGAGGCCAAUCUGCCACGCCAGCAACCACCGAUGGCUGGACCGGAACUCGACGAUGAGGAAGGUGACUCACUGGACAAUGCGGCCGAUUUUGAUCCAAAGGAGCGCGAUCGAGGCAUCGACAAUGGGUUUCUGGACCCGAGCGACGAUCGAAUCAAUGGUGGUGGUGGUGGAGGCGAAGGACGUGGCCGUGCCGAUGGUGGGCGCCGAGUCCCAAAACCGAGGACCUUUCCCGAUCCAGCAGGAUUCGCUCCGGGUGUAGCAGGAACUGUACUGACCACUGAACGGGGGCAAGUCAUCCCGGAUGUGAACGUUUACCAGCAGAAGAAAAAUUUGGCCCAGGGCAUGAUGGAUCUGGCCCUGCUGUCCGCCAACGCCAACCAGCUGCGUUACGUGCUGGAAACCUACACACGGCACCCGUAUUUCUACGUCAACCUGAUCUUCAUCUCGACCAGCAUCAUCGCGCAGGUUGCUGUCGGUAUCGGGCUGAUCUGGAAGAGUCGGUACAACAUCUGGAACGAGAACGACUUCUGUAAAGCCGAUCGGCUCAACAAUCUCAUCACGAUCGGCAUCUUUAUCAUCACGAUCGUCAACGUGCUGAUAUCGGCUUUCGGUGUGGCCGAACCACAGACGUCCGGUGGGUGACCCGAAUGAAUCUCUUUUCACUUUUACCACCCGACGGUCAAAACAGGUAGCAUUUAGUACAGCACACGUUCCAGCAAUCUCUCAAGGGGCUUUCCGAAUUGGAGAGAAUUUAAUAAAAAGUAUUUUCUUUCACUU